CUUGCCCAGGGCUUCCACAGGCACCGCCGCUAGUUAUGAUUCAUGCUCCAGCAGCGCUGGGAAGGGGGCCGAGGGAACUGAGGCCGGGGUGGGUGCGGAGGUGGCUCUGCCGGGGAGCGCCGAGCCAGGAUCUGGUCCAGACCCUAAGCUCGGCAGGACCCGUGCGCACCCAGGCAGCGUCGCGUCCUCCCCCAGGCUGCCAGAGGCUGCUCUGCCAUCAGGCCAUGGACCCCGAGCCGCCCGAGCUGCGCGCUCGCGUGUGCGCGCCCCCGCCUGCGCCCAAGCCUGCGCCGGGGGAGGCGAAGGAGGCUCCCGUCUUAGAAAGAGCAGCUUCUGGAACUCACCGCCCAGGCCGGCCGCCUCUCGGCCCCGUCCCGCAGGCUGCAGGCGGCCCUGGAGGGGGCGCCCUCGCCGAGCGCGCGACCCGCGCCGCCGCCUCGGACUCCUCCCCCGCGCCGCACGGGCAGGUUCGCCCAGGCGGCCGCGGGCUCCGGCUCCCGGCCGGCUCCCCAGGGCCCGCGGCCCGCCCCGCCCCGCGCGCCCGCCCCGCUGCGCAACUCGACCCAAGUUGGAAGCCGAGCCAGGGCGGCCGCACUCGCGCCUAGCGCAGGGCGGCGGCGGCGCAGCUCCGGCGAGCGAGGCGGCGGCCGCACGGCCGAGCGUGGACCGCGGGGGGGUGCCCGCGCCGAGUAGCAGCCGGAGGACUCGCGGCGGCGCCGGCGCCCCGCCCGGGAAAGUAAAGUUGGAGCUGGAGGGAGCGCGCGGACGCGGGGGCCCGGAGGAGCGGCGGCCCGCGCCCCGGUGCGCCAAGCCCUAGCCGGCCGGAUGGGAGGCGGAGCGCCUGGGCCGCCGCCGCCGCCUGUCGCCUGCGCCCCGGCCGGGCUCCGGGGCCGCGGGGCCGCUCGGGCACGCCCGCUCGGGCGCCGCGUCGCCGUGGGCUCGCCGCCGGGGCACUCCCCGUGAGCCGGGCCGAGGGCGGGGCCGCGCGAGGACCCCGGGACCUGCCCCCCUCCCCCCGCCGCCGCCGCCGCGUCGCCGCUCGCUCCGGGCGCCUCCCGCUCAGCACUUACGCGCUCGGCAGCUGCGGGGAGCCCGGCAGCCACGCUCUCCGGCGCGCCGCCCGCGGAGCCACCACGGCCGGGGGCCGGCUGCGGAGCGCCGCGGUCCCCGGCGGGCGCGCCCGAGCAGCAGGCGGCGAUGCCGGCGCGGACCCAGGCUGGGGGGCGCCCGAGCUGCCGCGGCUGCGCCCCGGCUCCAGGAGGGACCGCGUAGCUCGCGGGAGGACCAUGGCGUCCCCGGCGCUGGCGGCGGCGCUGGCGGUGGCGGCGGCGGCGGGCCCCAACGCUAGCGACGCGGGCGCCAACGCCUCGGGGGCUCCCUGGGGGCCGCCGCGCGGCCAGUACUCGGCGGGCGCGGUGGCGGGGCUGGCGGCCGUGGUGGGCUUCCUCAUCGUCUUCACCGUGGUCGGCAACGUGCUGGUGGUGAUCGCCGUGCUGACCAGCCGGGCGCUGCGCGCGCCACAGAACCUGUUCCUGGUGUCGCUGGCCUCGGCCGACAUCCUGGUGGCCACGCUGGUCAUGCCCUUCUCGCUGGCCAACGAGCUCAUGGCCUACUGGUACUUCGGGCAGGUGUGGUGCGGCGUGUACCUGGCGCUCGACGUGCUAUUCUGCACCUCGUCGAUCGUGCACCUGUGCGCCAUCAGCCUGGACCGCUACUGGUCGGUGACUCAGGCCGUCGAGUACAACCUGAAGCGCACGCCGCGCCGCGUUAAGGCCACCAUCGUGGCCGUGUGGCUCAUCUCGGCCGUCAUCUCUUUCCCGCCGCUGGUCUCGCUCUACCGCCAGCCCGACGGCGCCGCCUACCCGCAGUGUGGCCUCAACGACGAGACCUGGUACAUCCUGUCCUCCUGCAUCGGCUCCUUCUUCGCGCCCUGCCUCAUCAUGGGCCUGGUCUACGCGCGCAUCUAUCGCGUGGCCAAGCUGCGCACGCGCACGCUCAGCGAGAAGCGCGCGCCCGCGGGCCCCGACGGGGCGUCCCCGACCACCGAGAACGGGCUGGGCGCGGCGGCUGCGGGCGCGGGCGAGAACGGGCACUGCGCGCCCCCGCGGGCCGACGUGGAGCCGGAGGAGAGCAGCGCGGCGGCCGAGAGGCGGCGGCGCCGGGGCGCGCUGCGGCGGGGCGGGCGGCGGCGCGCUGGCGCCGAGGCGGGCGCGGGCGGCAGCGCUGACGGGCAGGCGGCGGGGCCGGGAGCGGCGGCGGAGCCGGGGGCGCUGACCGCCUCCAGGUCCCCGGGCCCCGGCGGCCGCCUGUCGCGCGCCAGCUCGCGCUCCGUCGAGUUCUUCCUGUCGCGCCGGCGCCGGGCGCGCAGCAGCGUGUGCCGCCGCAAGGUGGCCCAGGCGCGCGAGAAGCGCUUCACCUUCGUGCUGGCCGUGGUCAUGGGCGUGUUCGUGCUCUGCUGGUUCCCCUUCUUCUUCAGCUACAGCCUGUACGGCAUCUGCCGCGAGGCCUGCCAGGUGCCCGACCCGCUCUUCAAGUUCUUCUUCUGGAUCGGCUACUGCAACAGCUCGCUCAACCCGGUCAUCUACACGGUCUUCAACCAGGACUUCCGGCGGUCCUUCAAGCACAUCCUCUUCCGACGGAGGAGAAGGGGCUUCAGGCAGUGACUCGGUCUUGCCCGCCUGGCCCGGGGAUCCUGGACAGCUAGCGCCACGCUCGGGGCUGGGCGGAAGGGACGGGACAGCCGGGCGGGGGAGCAUUCCCAUUGCGCCCGGGAUGGAUAGGCCUCCAGGGCGCAGGGGAGGGUGCGCCAGGGCAGGAGCUAGGCUCCGGGGAGCGGGGAGGAGAGAGGGGGAGACCCCUUUGCCUUCCCGCCUCAGCGUGGAGCUGCUUCUGGGGCUCCCUCCGCAGCUCCAACUCCGGGGAGCCUGCGGAGGUGUGGCUGUGAGGUCAGGGUUUUAGAGAGCAGUGGCAGAGGCAGCCCCCUAAAUGGACGAGAAAGGAGCCCCCCAAACACACCACCACUCCCUAUCCCCGUCUGACCAAGGGCUGACUUCUCCAGGACCUAGUCGGGGGGUGGCUGCGGGGGCAAGGAGAAAGCACCGACAAUCUUUGAUGACUGAAAGUAUUUAAAUGUUUGCCAAAAACAACAGCCAAAACAACCAAACUAUUUUCUAAAUAAACCUUUGUAAUCUAA